AUGGCGAUCCACCGCUGGUGGCGCUGGAUGGAGAGUGCAAGAAUGCUGAUCCGCCAUUCAGUAGAGAGCCAGGAUGCUGAUCCGCUGCUAGGGGCGCUGAACAGAGAGAGCGAGGAGGCUGAUCCGACACUGGGGGCGCUGGACAGAGAGAGUGAGGAGGACUAUUCGCCGCUGGGGGCGCUGGAGGGAGAGAGCGAGGAGACCACUAAACCGCUGGGGGCACUAUACGGAGUAAGCAAGGAGGCUGAUCCGUCACUCAGGAUGCUGGACGGAGAGAGCGAGGAGGCUGAUCCCCCGCUGGGGGUGCUGGAUGGAGAGAACGACGAGUCUGAUCCGCCGCUGGGUGUGCUGGACAGAGAGAGCCAGGAGGCUGAUCCGCCACUGGGGGCGCUUGGCCGAGAGAGCGAGGAGGCCUAUCCACCGGUGGGUGCACUGGACGGAAAGAGCGAGGAGGCUGAUCCGCCGCUGGGGUCACUGGAUGGAGAGACCAAAGAGACUGAUCUACCGUUGGGGCAGAUACACGGAGAGAGUGAGGAGUCCUGUCCGCUGCUGGAGAUGCUGGACGGAAAGAGCGACAAUGCCAGUCCGCCGCUGGAGGUGCAGCACAAAGUGAAUCAGGACCCCAUGCAACUGCAGGGAGAGAGCCAGGAUGCUGAUCCGCACCUGGGGGUGAUGGACGGAGAGAGCGAGGAGUCCGAUCCGCCAUUGAAAGUGCAACACAGAGUGAGUCAGGACGCCAUGCAGCAGCAGGGAGAGAGCAGGAUGUUGAUCUGCUGCUGGGGGCGCUGGACAGAGAGAGCAAGGAGGCUGAUCCGUCACCGAGGGCGCUGGACGGAGAGAGCGAGUAGGCUGGUCCGCCACAGGGGUGAUAGAGUGCAAGGAGGCCUGUCCGCCGCUGGGGGCACUGGACGGAGACAGCGACUAGGACAAUUCGCCGAUGGAGGUGCAGCACAGAGUGACAGCAGGAAGAGAGAGAGACAGGAUAGUGAUCCGCCACUGGGGGCGCUGGACGGAGAGAGCGAGGAGGUGGAUCUGCCUCUGGGGGUGCUGGAUGGAGAGAGCGAGGAGGAUGAUCCGCCGCUGGGCAUGCUGGACAGAAAGAGCCAGGAUACCAAUUUGUCACUGGUGGCACAGGUCAGAGUGAGUCAGGAAAUUGUGCAGCACAAAAAGAGGCAGGCACAGUAUUAA